GCGCGCCCAGGAUGGGGGCAGAGCCCCGCCCACGCCCCAGCGCGGCCUCCUGGGAGUUGUAGUUCUCUGCAGGAGGGGUGGAAGGCGGCCGGGACCUGCUCCUCUCCGCCGGCGCCUGGAGCCGGUCGCGUUACGCGCUGCUCUCGGCCUCGUCCUCCCGCCUACAAACCCUUGGGAGGAGCAGCUACCGCCCUGCCGAAGGGCCCGCCACCCGCCCCCGCAGCAGAUGGUGGCUCCCUAGGCGUGGCUGGUGACCAGCGUGAUCAUGGCUUGUAGCCCCUCUGAAGGGGCCCUACUGUCUUCAUCGGCAGGCUCGGUCCUUACCCACCUGAAUGACUCCGAUAUGCUAAGCAGAUCCUUCCCCUGGGGCAGCAGAAGCAGGAGAAGUCGUCUCUCAGGGCUCUGUCAGCUUGGAGCAUCGCUGCCUGGGGAGAAGUGGAGCUCUUACUGUUUGUCUUCUCUGACAGCUCGUAACAUUUGUACCAGCAAAACUGGUAACUCACGGGCUCGGUGGGAUUCUGCCUCUUUCUCUGCUCCCACUGGAAGUUCUUGCUCCUUUUUGCACAGCCCAGCUGGGGAGGAAUCCAGCCAGCACCUCCCAGCUGCUGCACGCCCCCCAAACCAAGCCAUCUUCACCGUGGAUGCCAGCACUACAGAGAUCUUAGUGGCCAAUGACCAAGCUUGCAAGUUGCUUGGGUGCAGUAGCCAGGAACUCAUUGGUCAAAAGCUGUCCCACUUGAUAUCCAAAUCUGGCCAAGAGGCUUGGGAAGCAGUGGGUGAGGAGUACCUAGAAACUUCUGAAUGUUCAUCAGUGGUUUCAGGAGCUGUGGUGGAUGUUCUUGGCCACCUCAGUGAGAAGAUCCCUGUCUCAGUCUGGCUGAGGCAAAUAGGAAGCAAGGACAGCCAGCGUUGUGUGGUUGUGCUGGAACCAGUGGAGAGACUUUCAGCUCGUGUUUCCUUCACAGCUGAGGGAAAGAUUACAUCCUGUGAUCUCCUUUAUGCUCAUCUCCAUGGCUACCCAACACUGGAAGCAGUAGUUGGACUCCACAUAAAGGACCUGAUUCCUUCUGUGCAGAUCCCUCCUCUAGGCAAAAAAAUCCCAAAGUCCCUCAGGAUCCAGCGAGCUGCAGGCCGAUGCAGAGAGGGCACCAUGUUUCCUCUCAGUUUAAAGCUGGAAGUCAGCCACGUGGAGCAGGAGCAAGCAGUGCAGAAAGAUGAGACUCCACAGGCAGAAGGCUCUCUCCCAGGCUAUCAGUACUCUGCUACAGUUGUGGUUUUCUCCACCAUCAGUGGCCUGGUCACUGUCCAGUCAGAUGGAAUCAUCUGUGGCAUCACGGACAGUUUUGCUCUAAUGCUCUUUGGCUAUGAGAAGAAAGAGCUGUUGGGAAAGAACAUUACAUUCCUGAUCCCUGGUUUCUAUAACAACAUGAAAAGAUGCAGUGGCUGUUCUUUGCCUUUACCUCCUCUGGAUGACCCCACAGGGACAGAAGAGAGCAGCUUCUUGGCUGCAUCUUUAGCACACCUUCUGUCAAGAGAUGAAGAGCAGAAAUUGGAGCAACAACACAAAGAUGACAAAUUAAUACAUGAUGAGAAUAAACAAAAGAAUGGGACCAGUUUCUCUUCUCCUCCCUCACCUCCUGAAGCAGCAUCCACCCCCAAUAAUAGACCAGAGGAGAAGCUAAAAGCAGCAGCCUGUGACCCAGUGAAGCUGCCUUCUGAAGCCACCUGGAACUCACCUGGAACCCCAACAGUGGAUGAGCCAUGGCCUGGGAUAGCUCUGAACUGCAGACAAGACUUGAAAAGCCACAUGGUUCCAGGGCAGGUGUCAAAAACAAACUCGAUGUGUGAUGCAAAACAUUCCAGCCUGGAGCAUAUUGCUGUUGACAACUGCCUGCUGAAUGAUCCUUCUACCUUCUUUGCUUGUGAAAGAAAAACUGGCUGUGAUGUUUGCUCAGGAAAUAAACCAGGCUGCAGUGCUUCUGCACCAGGAGCUGCCACAACCUCUGAAAAUGUGAAAGAAUCUGAACUGAACUGUAUUUGCUCUGCUCUUGAGGUACUGGGGCGGAGUGCUGGUGUCAAGGGGAACUCAGACAGUUCUUUAGGUGUUACUGCAGCUCUUGUAGGAGGGUGCUGCUCUGAUGCAGAGGACUCCAAUGUGCUAAUUGGGACCAACUGUGCCUUUUCCACUCAUCAGGGAAAGCAGCUGCUGAGUGGUGCUGCCACAGAAGCUGACUUUGGAUGGCUGGCCUCCAGAAGGCAUUUACAAAACUCUGAGGAAUGCUCCAAAGCAUUUCCUGAGAAACCUGAAACCCUUGCAGAAACUGUGGGGGACAGCUCCAACAGAAAUCCCCUGAAAAGCAAAGGAAGGCCUGAAGAACACUGUCAGUUCCUCAGGCAGCAAAAUAUGGAGAUCAAAGCAACAUCAACCCCAGUGAAACAAGAAGGCAGGCUAAAUCCAGCAGCUCCUUUGGCCUGGAAGAUUCUGGAAGGCAGCUACAUUGGGAAUUGCUGUCACAGAGAUGGUUCACAAUUCAGCGUACUCUUCGAGGUGAAAUGUGCAGAGCUGCAGGAUCCCACUGUGCUCUUCUGUGUCUGGCUGGUGAAAGACAUCUCACAGAGCCAAAAAGAAGCUGUAGCAAAGAUUCAGCAUUUGCUUGCCAGCCUGGCAAACUCUUCCCAGUCUGAUGCUGAUCUUUCUACUAAAAGUCUUGGAGAAGCCAUCAGAUCAGCUUCACUUUUCAACAAUUCCCAAAGAGCUGAAGAUCUUGAAGGAUUAAGAGCAUGUGAGGGAGAAUAUGCAAAAAAUUACAGCACUCUCAGUCUUAUUGGCAAAGGCUCUUUUGGCUUUGUCUGGAGUGCCAGGAGCAAGAAAGAUCAGCAGGAGGUUAUUGUGAAGUUCAUCUGGAAGGAGAGGGUGCUGGAGGACUGCUGGGUGGAUGAUCCUGACCUGGGGAGGGUCACUCAGGAAAUUGCAAUCCUGCAGAAGCUGCAGCACCCCAGUAUCAUUAAGGUGCUGGAUGUAUUUGAAAAUGAUUGCUUCUUCCAGCUGGUGAUGGAGAAGCAUGGAUCUGGUCUGGACCUCUUUACAUUUAUUGAUAAUCAGCCCAACUUGGAUGAGCCAUUAGCGAGUUAUAUAUUCAGACAGCUUGUAUCAGCUGUUGGGUAUCUCCACUGUAGGAACAUCCUUCACAGAGACAUCAAGGAUGAAAAUAUUGUCAUUGCUGAAGAUUUCACAAUUAAAUUAGUGGAUUUUGGUUCGGCUGCCUACCUGGAACCUGGGAAAUUAUUUUAUACCUUCUGUGGGACCAUUGAAUACUGCUCACCAGAAGUGCUGUCUGGCAAACCGUACCAUGGCCCCGAGCUGGAGAUGUGGUCGCUUGGCAUCACCCUUUACACCCUGGUGCUUGGGGAGAAUCCCUUCUGUGAGCUGGAGGAGGCCUUGGCAGCCGUCCUGAGUCCUCCUCGCCCCGUGUCUGAAGGUCUCAUGGAUCUGCUGGCCGGGCUCCUGCACCCCGUUCCAGAGCAGCGCACGACCCUUGCCAGGCUGGCAGAGGAUCCCUGGCUGCGCCAGCCUGUGAACCUGGCAGAUUAUACCUGGCAAGAGGUGUUUGCCUCUGCUGAGCCAGCCGACACCUCGCUCUGAAGGCUGCUUCAGCUUCUUCAGAGUUAGAAAACUCAUCUCUGCAGGUCCCAUUGGAAGGUUACCUGCUGAUACCCACAUAUACUCAGUUUAUUACUGUUCUUACCCAUGGUAUUUUUCAAAGAUGUGAGGAUUUUAAUGUUGUUUAAAUUGCUCAUAACUUGGAAAAUAUUUUUAUUGCUUGGUUUUACGUUUUAUAGGUAGUUUCUAUAUUUUUAUGAAAAGUGAAUGAAUAAAUGAAUAACGUGUUG